AUGUGCAUAACACGCAAAACCGUCAAGAACAAUACCGAGUUGGACCCCGCCGGCGCGAAGCCGAAAAAGAAAGUUCUUCUAAAGAAGAAGGCGGCGAAGAGCGGCUCGACCGAGUCAAAGUCCACGGUCUCGCCGGCCGUCGCCGAACUCGCUUCGCAAUUGGAGCAAGAGAAGAGAACGGUCGACGAGACGCCGGUGGACGGAACGGCGGACAAGGUGGACAAGGAGAAGGAGAAGGAGCCGGCCAAGUCGGGCGAUAAACGGCCGGGCCCGAAGAGACCGAGCGCCGACGCGAAUCCGCACAAUUCGCUCUCCGGGGUUCGAGGGAACACGGGCGCUAAGAAGAAAGCGAGGAACUUCAAGUGGGGACAGGUGGAUCGCGAUGAACUCUCGGUGGGUUAAGGUACUUGGUUGAUUUCACUCAAGACAUUUUCCAGAUAAACAAUGAAAUGUCCGAGUAUCUGGAGAACGCGCAGUUGACGAAAUUGAUGUCGCACGCCGAUGUGAAGGCUCUGAUGAACAACCAGAAUGCGCCGGGAGCGGAUGCGGAAGAGAACAGCUGUCGGGUAGGAAGAGGGGUGAAAGCGGAUUGAAAGAAGGGAACAAUUAAGGAUACGGUGGAAGAAGUCGACAGCGAAAUGGAGGAAAUGGCGUUCCCGCCACUGCUCGCUCCUAUCGUUCAAGAAGAAGAGAAGGGAUUCGGGCUUCUCCCGCAUCCGCAAGAAGCGAAAAAAGCAGACGGCGGCGGACAGAAUGACACCAAAAAAAUGGACGUUGUCAUCUAA